AUGCAAAUGGACUCGAACACGGACACCGUACAGCAGUGGACAACCCUCCAAAACGGCCUCGAGCAUCUCGCCCGGGCCACGGCGCCCAUGCCGACGCCGGGUCCCGAUGAGGUCCUCGUCAAGAUCCACGCUGUCGCCCUCAACUACCGCGAUACAGAGGUCUGCAUGGGUCUCUACAACCACCACAAGGCCGUGGCGGCUGGCGGGCCCGAGCCGCUCGUGCCCUGCUCCGACAUGUGCGGCACCGUCGUCGCCGUCGGCCCGAAUUUGGAGCAUGCGCACAACGUCGGCGACCACGUCGUCUCCCUCUUCAACCACAUGCACCGCACCGGCCAUGUCCGCGCGUCCGACAUGAGCACCACACUGGGUCUGCCGCUGCCCGGCGUCCUCCAGACCUACCGCGUCUUUCCCAGCAUCGGCCUGCUGCCGGCGCCCGCGUACCUCUCCGACGCCGAGGCCUGCUGUCUGCCGAUUGCGUCCAUCACAGCCUGGAUGGCCAUCAACGGGAUGCGCCCCUUGGGUCGGUCCGGCGGACAGGGCGAGGUGGUCCUUCUGCAAGGCACGGGCGGUGUCAGUGUCGCGGGCCUGCAGAUUGCCAAAGCCAGCGGCGCCACCGCCGUGGUGACCUCGUCGUCCGACGCGAAGCUCGCCAUCGCCAAGAGCAUGGGCGCCGACCACCUGAUCAACUACACGACGACGCCGCGCUGGGCGGACGCCGUGCUGGAAUGCACCGCGGGCCACGGCGCCGACAUCAUCUUUGAAAACGGCGGCGCCUCGACGCUGCGGCAGUCAUUUGACGCCGUCGCCUUUGGCGGGAUCAUCAACUGCAUCGGCUACUUGGGCGGCAAGACCGACAAACGGGUGUCAGACGACAACGACGACGACGAUCGCACGGCCAUCAAUGUGCUGGCACUACGGCGCAACAUGACGCUGCGCGGCAUCCUAAACGGCCCGCGGGACCGUUUCGAGGAGAUGCUCCAGUUCUACAAGGAGACGAAAAUCCGGCCCGUGGUGCACCGCGUGUUUGCCUUUGACGAGGGCCGCGACGCGAUACAGUAUCUGUUCCGCGGCCAGCACUUUGGCAAGGUGGUCAUCCAAGUGUCGGCAGAGGCCACGCUGCCGCCGACAUCAGAGUGA